AUGGCGUCGUUAGCAGCAAAAAAAGACGGAGGUGACAUCAAUGGGGGCCCGUCUGAGGAAGAGGAUCAGCUCCAACAACUCUUAGGGACUUCUUGUUGUGUUAAUCUCAGCGACUCCACGGUGAAGCGUGGUUUUCUGUUGGAAGUGCGAUACCUCUGGCUGCCCAGGUUGCUAAGUGGUAACGGCACUACUGGUGUAGCUCCACAACUCUAUGGGUUUGUGCGCAUAAAGGACGCGGACCACCGUAUUAGUGGCUGGUUCCCCAUUGACUGUAUUGACCUUAAGGAAACUGGAGGGGCUAAUGGAGCUACGAGUUGCGGCAGCAGCUACCCUACGAACAGCGCAGCUUACAACUCAAUGGUGGUAGCAAAGAGCAAAAUCACGCAUCCCAUAAUUAGUCCGGUAUACCGGGAGGUUACACCGGGAAUGGUACGGACCCGCCGUGAGGGGAAGCAGCUCGACUUCUUUGAGGAACGCCUCCUCCGCGACUGCCGGACUCCCACCACAGUGCGAUACUUCAUAUACCUGUGUAAGUUUGCCUUUCCUCCCUGGUACUAUGCGCCUUAUGGUAUGCUGAAUCGCGAAUACGAUCCUUUAGCACCUUUAAGCGACGCAGAGCGGGAGGCGUUGCGUUUCACUGAGGGGAGCACCAAUGAAAGCAUUGAUACUAACCCUUUCAUUCGAGAUGCUUACCUUUGCCCGUUCUCCCUCCGUAUAUAUAGUACCUUCGAGCAGAUGCAGCACGAAACCCUAAGAUAUCGCGCUGGUCACUUGCACCCCCCCGGACUUGAGAUUUAUCGGGACGACACCCGUGGGUUUUCCAUGUUCGAGGUGAAUGGGAGUCGUCACGUCACGUACUGCCGUCACUUGUUCUUGUUAGGGAAGUCGUUCCUUGAGAACAAGUUGGCCGGACAUGACGUACACAACUACUACUUUUAUGUUGUGUGCCUUCAUCAUCGGCACUAUCCACACUACACGGAUGACACCUCCGCUAUGUAUUUUGUUGGGUAUUUCACAUGGGAGAAGCAGGUGACUGACAACAAUCUGGCAUGCAUCGUCACUUUACCAUACUUUAUGGGUGGGGGAGCCUCAUCGGGACAACAGAAUGACUUAAGCGAUGAUCGCGGCCCAGUUGGGGCAGACACUGCCUCCCGUGAAGGGGACACACCCAAAUUAGGUCAUUUUGGGCAAUUCAUGAUCGCUGCGAGCUACGAACUGGCUUACAGGAGGAAGAAUGUUGGCUCCCCAGAAAAACCACUCACAGACUUGGGAGCAGCUGCCUACGACCGCUACUGGAAACGUGUUCUCAUAAAGUGGAUGCACACGUUACUGGAGGGUAACGCCGCAGCAAUUACCGUUGACGACGACGCCGGUGAUGAUGGUCAGUCUGUAACGAUUGUGGUGGCCCAUGAGAACGAGGCGAAAAUGGCGGCCCCGGGGGCCUUAAAGCGACCGCGUCCCGGCACCACUGAUGGGAGCGGCUGCGCGGAGGCGGUGCGGGGUGCACGUGUGGCCGAGGGAGACACCCUGGUGGACACAACCGUUCGGAGUAUAGCCAAGCAAGUACGGUUGGAAGAGGCGGAUGUGCUGCGAACUUUGUUACAAAUGGGUGUUCUUCACCUUAAUGCAGAGGAUAGAAGUAUGCGCGUCGUCAUCCCCGUCUCUUUUGUCAACAGAGAGUACGGUAAAAUGAAAAAGUGGGCACAUGACAUGACGCGCGCUGAAUUUGACCCCAAACUGCUCACUGGCCGUGGCGGGCCUGCCUGGCUUGUUAACACACCAUCGCCGCGUCGGCACAAUCAGCACCAGAGCUGA